AAAAAAAAGAUAAAAAAAAACAAACAAAACAAAAAGUUUGACGAAGUGUUUCGUCAUUUUUUUUUUUUUGAAACGCGGGAGGAUAAAGGAUAAGGAUAUUUUGCUAGUGCGAUGUGUGACUGUUGUGGUUUAUACAGUCUAGAAGAAUCAGAAAGAGAGAGAAAGAGAGAGAGAGAGAGAGGAGAGAUGAGAAGUCAUGGUACUAGUGAGUCUUUCGUGAAGAUGCCGACUAUAAAAUUCACGAAGCUGUUCAUCAAUGGAGAAUUUGUUGAUUCAGUUUCAGGAAAAACAUUUGAGACAAGAGAUCCUAGGAAUGGGGAGGUAAUAGCAAAUAUUGCAGAAGGAGAUAAGGAAGAUGUUGAUUUGGCCGUGAGAGUUGCACGUGCCGCUUUCGACCAUGGUCCUUGGCCGCGCAUGUCUGGCUUUGAAAGGGCAAGAAUUAUGAUGAAGUUUGCAGACCUAGUUGAACAAAACAUUGAAGAAGUGGCCACUUUGGAUACCCUUGAUGCUGGGAAAUUGUUUAGCUCUUUGAAGGACUAUGAAUUACCCGAUGCAAUAAAAUCUCUCCGAUACUAUGCUGGUGCAGCCGAUAAAAUUCAUGGCGACGUGCUAAAAAUGUCACGCCCGCUUCAGGCCUACACAUUGCUUGAACCCAUUGGGGUUGUGGGACACAUCAUUCCCUGGAAUUUCCCAAGCAGCAGUUUUUUCGUAAAGACAAGCCCUGCCUUGGCUGCAGGAUGCACCAUGGUCGUCAAACCCGCCGAGCAAACUCCACUUUCAGCUCUCUAUUAUGCUCAUUUGGCUAAGUUGGCUGGUAUACCUGAUGGAGUGCUCAAUGUCAUAACCGGGUUCGGACCAACUGCAGGUGCCGCCAUCAGCUCGCACAUGGACAUUGACAUGGUGAGUUUUACUGGCUCAACAGAGGUAGGGCGCGAAAUAAUGAAGGCAGCAGCAACGAGCAAUUUGAAACCGGUUGUACUAGAAUUAGGAGGCAAGUCACCCCUCUUAAUUUUUGAUGACGCUGACAUAGAUAUGGCUUCUGACCUUGCUCUUUUCGGGUUCAGUUUUAACAAGGGAGAAGUUUGCACGGCGGGUUCUCGUUUGUACGUUCAAGAAGGGAUUUAUGAUGAAUUUGUGAAGAAGUUAGUUGAGAAGGCAAAAGGUUGGAUUGUUGGAGAUCCUUUCGACCCUAAUGUUUGCCAUGGACCCCAGGUCGACAAGGUACAGUUUGAGAAAGUUCUGAGCUACAUUGAGCAUGGAAAUAGAGAAGGCGCCACUUUGUUAACCGGUGGUAAGCCAAUAGGGGACAAAGGAUAUUACAUUGAGCCAACCAUAUUCACCGACGUUAAGGAGGACAUGUUGAUUGUAAAGAACGAAAUAUUUGGACCUGUUGUGGUGCUCAUGAAGUUCAAGACUAUGGAGGAGGCGAUACGCAGAGCAAACGAUACUACAUACGGGCUAGCAGCAGGGAUUGUGACAAAGGACUUGAAUGUGGCCAACACUGUCUCGAGAUCAAUCCGUGCCGGCACCAUAUGGAUCAAUUGCUACUUGGAAGAGGACAGGGAUUGCCCUUUCGGCGGAUAUAAGAUGAGCGGGAUUGGGAGGGAUCUUGGCUUGGAGGCCCUCCACAAGUAUCUCCAAGUCAAAUCUGUUAUCACACCUAUUUAUAACUCUCCUUGGCUUUAAGCUAAUAACAUAGAUGGACAGCAAAAGGGCAUUUUAUCCUUGUUCCUUUCCUUUUUUUCCCCUUCCUGUGUUUGUUCCUAUAUGUGACAAAGAUUCAAGUUCUUGUGUGCAGAAUUCUGCCUUGUUAUUGGGAAUAAUUAGGGGUCAAAAUUGGAUGUUUUGCUUUGUAUAUUUGACUGGUAAUAAGCUUGUAUACUACGCAAAACUGCUUACAUGGCUGCACUACAAGAUUAUUGAAUAUGCAAUAAAACUCCGAGUCUGUACUCUCUU